AUGGCCGUUUCGUAUCUUAGCUCGAGCGAACAGGAUGGUUUGCUGGCGGCUGCUCAGGCCUGCGCCACGUUCUCCCUUCUAGGCUCCCUCUUCAUCAUUUUUUGCUACGCCCGAUACAAGCACCUGCGAAAGCUGAGCUUCACCUUGGUCCUCUUCCUCGCGAUCAGCGAUGUCGGCGCUGACAUCACGUACUUCAUGGGCAACCCCGAGGACAACAGGGCGGCCUGCGUGGCCCAGGGGGCCCUCCAGCAAUUUUUCCAGAUGGCUCAGAUUCUGUGGGCAGUGGCGAUAGCCUGCGUGCUGCGCGACGUGACGGUGAACCUGCGCAUGUACCACCCACACGAGCAAAGCGCCCUCAUGCGCCGCUUCCACGUCGCCGUGUGGGGCUCCGCCCUCUUGAGCACGCUGCUCCCGUUCACCACCGACAGCUACGGCUCCACGGGGUCGUGGUGCUGGAUCGAGACGAACCCGGGGUCGGACGUCGACGUGGGCACGAUGUGGAGAUACCUCGUGCUGUACUGUCCUCUUUGGGCGGCUAUUGUGUUCAACAUUAAGGUCUACGUGCGGAUCUUCAGCGUUGUUCGAAGGUUCUCGACGGAGAUUGCCGGUGGCGCCUCCGCCGUGGGGCCGUCGGCGGAACAACAAACGAGAAUGACCAAGUUUUCGAAGCGACUGGUUUGGUACCCGGCGGUGCUCAUCGCCUCCUGGACCUUCGCGACCAUCAACCGCAUCCAGAACGCCAUAGACCCGGACCACCCCGUCUUCGGGCUAUUUCUGCUGCACACGAGCCUUGUAGCGUUUCAGGGUUUCUUCAACGCCCUGGUGUACGGCUCGACCGACGCCGUCAAGGCCUCGGUCGUGCAGGAGCUCCUCGUGGAACGGUGCCUAAAGGCCAGCGGGGCCUGCCGGGGCGGCAGGGGAGAGUCGGGGCAAAGAGACAACAACGGUCUCGACCCGGAGGACGCUGAAGACAGCUCUAUGGGCAUGGGGACGACGGGAAAUAGGUACAACGAUGAGUCUCUCGGCGGCUUUGGGGACGGCGAGAUGGACGCCACGGGCGAGCACGAGCACGGGGGUAGCGCUAGCGGGGCGCGUGUGAGCGGAGUUGAUGCGACCGGCAUAUCGAACGAUCUCAAGACCAACGACGACGACGAGUCGGUCGAGGUGUAUAGCGGUACCUCCAAGCAGGGCUGGUGA